GUCAAUUCAUUGUCUCCGGAAGUUCAAUCCUCCUGCACUAAAUAAACAUCUAAUAUUUAAUCAAACAUUCUACGUGAAAUCAACUAUCUACUCUUUUCAUAGAAUGAACUAAUAUCUGUGAUAUACGUGCAAGGAUUAAAAUCAGCUCUUACCAUGAAGUCCUUUAUUUCCAAGGAUUUAAUUAAUCAAAACCCUAACCUAUCCCUAACCUAUGAGGAACCUCUAUAGAACUUGUUCAUGUUAAAAGGUAGAGGUUUAUGAUGAACGUUCUUCAAGAUCGUCGCGUUGAAGAAGCUUGAAUAAUUUGAGACUACAUAGUGUGCUUGAUGAUUGAGGACACACUUGCCGGCAUGGAGGAACUUGAAGAGACGAAGGAGAGUAACAACUCGUGUUCGACAACCACCUCGUCAGCAUCUGUACGGGGCAAGAGACACUGCACGGAAAUGCGAGCAGAAAAGCCGGUCUAUCUUCGACAAAAAGAGAAAAUUAUAUACCCCAGGAACACCAGAACUCUGACCAAGACGGUGGUAAUCGGAGGCAGUCCAAUAGACGAAGAAACUUGCAGGGCUUUAAGAACUCUGGUUUUUGGGAGUUGCGCCAGUCCACCGAGACCAGAAUGGGCAAGGACCGGAUUGACCUUACGACCCUACGGUCAAAACUUGGCUUUUGGUUUACGAGCACCCAGGAACACGACCAGAGGCCUUGUCACUGCGGUCCAAGCCAUCAUGCUCAAGCAGUUUCUGUUCAAAUGUAACAAGCAAGACGCUCGUGCCAGCCCAGAAAGUCUGCUGAAGCCUUCGUACGACAGGCAAAUCGAUGUCCUGACUUCGGCAAUAGCAGAAAUUAUUUGGCGAUGCGCCGGAGGAUUCGUCGCGCAGAAUACUGGUUCGCAAAAUCAAGGUGUUACUGGAAACGCGAGCACGGCCAGAGCCAUAAUUGCUUUACCUCAGGAGAUACCCUAUGUACAGCACACUGUACGGUACUUUCAGGAUGGAUUAACAGAGACUCUGCAUUUAUUCGAGCUUGACUCUCUGGAGGAUCUCGAAAUAUUUAUCAAGAGAUACCUAUAUUUGUUUCAAGACGAAGGUGGUCCUGGUGCUGUGUUGCUAUUGUACAGUGCUCUGCUUUCAAGAGGACUUCCAAAAGUUAGAGCCGAUCUCGAGGACCCUAAAGCAUCCAUACUAAGUGGUUGUUCCGAAGAAGGUCCCACCGCUAUUGUAAUUCUGUCGUUAACCGGUCGUGCUUCGCCUCACUUGCACAAUGGGGUGCUGCACGUGGGGGAUGAAGAUACUUACGCUAUACCGCAAUGGGGAGUCCUUGUGAGAAGCGAAGUAGGGUUUCUCGUUCAUGAGGGUGAUGGGCAAAUCAACAAACAACCUGGUUCUCGUCUUAAGACUCCUAGUUUACCUAUUUGGGUCACCUUGUGUCAUGGACACCAUGGUGUUCUCUUUAAUACAAACCGCGAGCUGCUGAGAAAUUAUCAUGCUGAACGUCGUUUUGAGGUUCAGUAUUUCACCUGUGGUGGUAGCCACGCCACCCUAACUGUGGACACCAGGUCGAAUUCAGAAAAUGAUUUAGAAUUCGAGGGACCUAGCAAAGAAUGCACGGAUAUCGCAGCGACUCCAUUGGAAAAGCUUAUUCGUUCUAAGUGGCAAGACGCUUGUAUACAAUGGAACGGAGCUCCCUUGAUGUGAUUGCACUUUAAUCCUCUAUAUGUGUCUCUGCAAAAUCAUACAAAUAUUGACGUAACUUUGUAUUUCACUUGUUCAAACAUUGUAGCAUGCUCGAUGUGUUUGUAAAUGUUUCCGUAAAAAUUAAACAUUGUAACAGAA